CUGGCGCCGGCGCGACACAGCGCAGCCUUCGGGCACCGGGACUGCAGUCCGCCCGCCACACCUGGGCCCAGCCGGGGCCGGAGGAGGGGAGGCGCCGCCUGAACCCUCGGGCUCCUCGGCGAGGCCCGGCCGGCGGCUACGCACGCGCGGCGCGGCGCCCGGGCUCGCCAAGAUGCCCAUCGUGAUGGAAGAUGUCAUGAAGCUGCUGUGCUCCAUCUCUGGGGAGAGGAAAAUGAAGGCGGCCGUCAAGCACUCUGGUACAGGCGCCCUGGUCACAGGGGCUGUGGCCUUCGUUGGUGGUCUGGUCGGAGGUCCACCUGGACUAGCUGUUGGGGGGGCUGUCGGGGGCCUUUUAGGUGCAUGGAUGACAAGCGGACGGUUCAAGCCGAUUCCUCAGAUCAUAAUGGAGCUGCCGCCCAGUGAGCAGCAAAAGCUCUUUAAUGAAGCCUCCACCAUCCUCAGGCACCUGGACUGGACGGACGCUGUGCAGCUGACCACACUGGUCAUGGGCAGCGAGGCCCUGAAGCAGCAGCUGCUGGCCAUGCUGGUCAACUACGUCACCAAGGAGCUCCGGGCCGAAGUUCAGUAUGAUGACUAGGUCGUUCCUCCUGGAAGUGGGGGUCUCAUUUAGAUGAUUCCUGGGCCUCCCAGGCGGGGACGGGGAGUUGGGGAAGCCCCACACCAUCAGUGUAUUACCUAAAUGGAGUGAAACCUGCUGGAGAAGCUCCUAUUGUGCCGUAUCAUGUUCUGGAAAUUAUUUAUGAAGACACUGGAUUUUGGGUCGUGUGCACUAGUAAUGCGUAGUGACACCCCUUUUGCUUGGAAGCUGGUGAAAAGUGAAGCCGUGCCUGCUGCAGACGUGGGUGACAGCUUCUUGAAUCCACUGUCACUCAUACGGGAGCACAGCAGGAGGCCCGAGUGUUCCGUCUCCUCACCUGUGACGAUGAGCCCUGUCCGAAGCAUCUAUUACAGGACUGGUUCCUCCCCUGGGGCUCAGGGGCUUAGGGCCAAGAGCUGCCCCAUGCCGGAAUCAUGUUUACCUCAUGUGUCGCCUCCCUGACCAGUGGCUGAGUGGCCCCAUGGAGGGGCAGUUGCCUGUGGAGCGAAGCCAAAAACAUCCAGGCACCCAGCCCUUCUCUACCCAGCACCCUGGGCCCUCAUCCUCCCAGGGGCUUCGUCUCAUCAUUGGACAAGUCGUGGUAGUUCUUGAAUUUUGCUUUUAAAAUUAAGUACUUACAGCAAAGAAAAUGACUCUUUCUGAUGUGGUAGGAUCUGAGCAAUGUGUCCACCCUGAAUUUCCCCUAAUACUGUAUUCCCUUGGCUUUCAGAACCCUAACUUGACUAGGUAUCAUCAAAUUUCAAUAAAUGUUUUCUGAACAGGACUUUUCUCACA